AUGAUUUGGUGGGUUUUGGCGUCGCUGGUAUUAUGGGCUGGUAGAGCGUUGAGUUUAGACUUAGACACUUCGUCGAAGGAUUCAAUUUGUAGCGCGACUUCGCUUAUUCAAGGCGGUAUAAUGGACUAUUAUCUCGGAACCAGAUAUGGUGGGACAGUGGGGAUGUUUCAACCGCCCUAUUAUUGGUGGGAAGCGGGUGAAGUGUUUGGAGGUAUGUUAGAAAACUGGUUUUUAUGUCAAAACGACACUUAUGAACAAAUGUUGUACCACGCGAUGAUUGCACAAGCUGGACCACAUUACGACUUUAUGCCAAUGAAUCAGUCGAUGGUGGAAGGUAACGAUGACCAAGGUGUUUGGGGUUUGACGAUCAUGGAUGCGGUUGAGAGAAAUUUUACAAAUCCGACCGAAAAGGGUGUGCCUGGUUGGCUUGCAAUGGCCCAAGGUAUAUUCAAUGAGAUGUGGGCACGUUGGGAUACGGCCCACUGCGGUGGUGGAUUGAGGUGGCAAAUUUUCACGUGGAAUUCUGGCUACAACUACAAAAAUACCGUCCCCAACGCGUGUUUAUUCCAGUUGGCGGCGAGAUUGGGUCGUUACACCGGGAAUCAAACGUAUUUGGAUGUUGCUGGUACCGUAUGGGAUUGGCUCAAUGACGUUGGGUUUAUAGUUUUGAGCGAUAAAGCCAACGUUUAUGACGGUGCCAACACCGAUGACAACUGUACCGAUAUUACGAAAAACGAGUGGAGCUACAACCAAGGUAUCGUUCUAGGAGGACUUGCGUACAUGUACAACGCCACAAAUGGAUCUUCCACGUGGGAGACGCGUUUGACACAAGUCUUGGGUGGUUCAGAAGCGUUUUUCUUUAAAAACCAGAUCAUGUAUGAGGCUACUUGUCAGGAUUCGGGCAAUUGUAACAACGACCAACGUUCCUUUAAGAGUAUUUUUUCCAGAAUGAUGGGUCUCACCAGUGUACUGGCACCUUUUACCGCAUCGUCGAUUGAUCCGCUAAUCGAGGCUUCUGCACAAGGCGCCGCCGAGUCUUGUUCAGGAGGAACCGAUGGUCACACUUGUGGACUCAACUGGCAAAUAGGUAAAAACGACGGAAUGUACGGUCUGGGAGAGCAAGCGUGUGCUUUGGAAGUAAUACAAAUGCUGUUGGUGCACGAUAGACCUGCGCCUUACAGCGCAAGCACGGGUGGAACUUCCGUAGGAGAUGCGAGUGCGGGGCUCAACACUAGUACGACCAACGUGCUGGAGAGCACCUUAACUAUCACACAUAAGGAUAAGGUAGGCGCUGCCAUUUUAACCGCCGUGGUUCUUGCCAUUCUAGUCGGAGGUGCUGUAUGGAUGCUUUUCUAA